UCGAUGUCGUAUUUUACGCCAAGAUUAACAAACAAAACUCAGAAAAUGACCUCCACCUAUCGAUGGCCGGCAAUACAUUCGUAGUAGACUAUCGAUAUUCUCGUUAUACCAUCUACGUCAGAUUGUCCACUUCGUCCGAGGCAAUUGUAAAAAACCAAAAAACAAAAAAAACUAGCCUGUAACUUAAUUCUCGGACUUGGAGUUGGACUUGAACUUUCGGUGAGAUUUGUGCAAGAUGACGGACAAGCGCAAAUACAAGAAAACCAAAGAGGAAAUCAGGCGGGAGAUCGCACGGGAGUUUGACCUGCCGGAGCGCAAGUCCAAGAUAGCCACCAUACUGAAGCAGGAAGAUCAGGCGUACUGCAUAUGCCGCUCCUCCGACUGCUCCAGGUUCAUGAUAGGCUGCGAUGGCUGCGAGGAGUGGUACCACGGCGACUGCAUAGGGAUCACCGAGAAGGAGGCUAAGCACAUCAAACAGUACUACUGCCGUCGCUGCAAGAAGGAGAAUCCCGAGCUACAGACCAUAUUCCGUUUGGUAGCCACCGAACGAGCAGCCGCAUCGAACGCCGCCUCUACAAGUCUCAAUGCCCUGGGUUUGGGUCCAGCAGGUGCUGCACCUGCUGCUGCACCGUUGGCGCCCGCAACAACCAGCCAGCAGGCACCGCCGACCACAGCGGCAAUGAAGCGCAAAAAUAGCAGCGCCCGAGAGCCAAAGAUGGGCAAACGAUGUGGUACCUGCGAGGGAUGCCGGCGUCCCAAUUGCAAUCAGUGCGACGCGUGCCGCGUUCGCGUGGGCCACAAACCGCGCUGCAUAUUCCGCACCUGCGUCGUACAGGCGGCAACGGCCCUAAAGGAAACGCAGCCGACUCAAGCGGGUCCAGCUAAGAAGCGAGAAAAGGCAGCGCCCAAGGAUCGCAAUGUCCAGGUGGGCAUCCGGGCGGCCAGUCCGGAGGAGAUCAUCAAUCCGGAAUUGGAGGGCUUGCGCCAGUGUCACGGUCCCAAUUGCUGCUGCCAGGCGAGGCCGCAGAGCAAGUACUGCAGUGAUAAGUGUGGCUUCAAUCUGGCCACCAACCGCAUCUUCCAGGUUCUGCCACAAAGACUGCAAGAGUGGAACCUUACGCCCAGCCGCGCCGCCGAGGAAACACACAAGCAUCUUGAUAGCAUUCGCCAGAUGCAGUCCCUAGUGCGAUUUGCACUCGCCGAGCUGGAAAAGCGCGCCGAAGAGCUCAACAUGGUGGUGGAGCGAGCCAAACGUAGCUCCAUCGACACAAUGGGGUCACAAGACACCGCCGACAUGGAGGACGAACAGAGCAUGUACUGCAUCACCUGUGGCCACGAGAUUCACUCGCGCACGGCCAUCAAACACAUGGAGAAGUGCUUCAACAAAUACGAGUCGCAGGCCAGCUUCGGGAGUAUAUUCCAAACACGAAUGGAAGGCAACAAUAUGUUUUGUGAUUUCUAUAAUCCAGCAAGUAAGACUUACUGUAAAAGAUUAAGGGUAUUGUGUCCGGAGCAUAGCAAGGAUCCAAAGGUGAACGACACGGAUGUGUGCGGCUCACCCUUGGUGAGCAACGUCUUCAAUCCCACGGGCGAGUUUUGUCGUGCGCCAAAGAAGAAUUGCUUUAAGCACUACGCCUGGGAGAAGAUCCGGCGAGCGGAGAUCGAUCUCGAGCGUGUGCGUCAAUGGCUCAAGAUGGACGACCUGAUGGAGCAGGAGCGCAUGAUGCGACAACAGCUCACCUCGCGAGCGAACCUGCUCGGCCUGAUGCUGCACUCUACCUACAACCACGAGGUGAUGGACGAGCUGGUGCGCAAACAGCAGGAGCAUCUGGCGGAGUUCGAGAAGCAGAAGCGACGUCAGGCCCACCAGCAACAGAUGCAGGCACAGCAGAAACAGUAUCAGGAGAAGCAAAAGCUAAUGCUGCAGCAACAGCAGCAGCAACAGCAGCAGCAACAACAGCAGCUGCAGCAGCAGCAACAACAGCAGCUACAGCAGCAGCAACAACAGCAGCUGCAGCAGCAGCAACAACAGCAGCUGCAGCAGCAACAACUGCAGCAGCAACUGCAACAACAGCAGCUGCAACUGCAACAGCAGCUGCAACUGCAACAGCAGCUGCAACUGCAACAGCAGCAGCAGCAACAACAGCAGGUGCAAUUUAUCAAAUUGCCACAGAAAACUCAAAUUAUAUACAUGCACCGAAAGCCAUAGAUUCGUAGUCCCCUUAUCAUAUGAGAACUACCAAUAAACUGACAUGCAAGAAAUAUUUUUGUACGACAACCCACCAAUCUUUUGACAUACCCCCGCCGCAAUGUUUCUAGUGUCGCGUUCCUCCGGGCAACCGCAUAACACACUCCGCCGGCUGUCGAGUUCCCGGCUAGAAGGAGGUUGCUAAGCGCCGGGAUCGGGGGUACGCCCAUGUUUGUUAUUGAAAACUAAGCAUCAAAUAUGCAUUUAUUGAUAGCAACCUGCCCGUAAAAGAAAUGCUACAUUGGGCCAGUUCACCCAUCGAUAUCAUUCACAUAGACUUCUUCAGUAUAACCUUUAAUAUUAAUAUCCAUGGUUUCUAUAUACGAUUUGUUUUCUGUUGAGUGCUAGCAUGUACGAGUAUUUAGCAGUAAACAAGAUAUGUAAUUAGAUUAAUACAUUUGCUUAGGUGCUUUGCAUAAUUGUAGGCUUGUUUGAGAUAUAUAAUAUAUAGAUAUAGA